GCCAUGUCAUUCAAGACCGUUUACAUCUCACGAGUCCAUGGCAAUGACACUGAUAGUUGCGGCGCCAGUCCCGACAUGCCUUGCAGGAGAUUGAGCAAAGGUUUCCAGCACCUCUCUCCUGGGGGAACCAUCCACUUGGAUGGCACUAAUACAAAGUGGGACCCUUAUGACUGUGGGUCUCGGGGACGUCUAGAAAUCACGGUUGGGUUUACCAUGAUGAGUUACAACCACAAGGCCCAUAUCUCAUGCAGUGGUGAAGGAAUCCGGGUAAACCUGACAGUAUUCCAACAAUACAACCAUGUGAAGAUGAGUGAACUUGUGUUCAAGAAAACGCGGCUCGUAUUCCGUAACCCAAGUAUUGUUAUACAAGACUGCACGCUCACGCAAGCUACUAUCGACAUGCAGUUUGCACCAAGGCUGGCUCGAGAUAUAACACUUAAUAGAGUAAUCUUUGCUAAUGCAUCCCAAUGUUUAAAAGUUGAAGUUCUCGGAAAUUUUCCUGGAAUUCAAUCCAAGAUUGUGCUGGAAGUGAAAAAUGUACGAUUCCAAAAAAAUGCAGAGAGUUCACCCCUCACGUUGGCUCUUGUUCACGUAUUUGGAAAUACGUCCUUAAUUUCUGUUUGGAGAAAUGUCACAGUUCGUGGUAAUAGUCUCCCUUUGUAUCGUUGUAAAGUUCUCGCUUCUCAUCAGACAUAUAGCUACAUUGACCUUACAAGCAACAUUAUUGCAUUUCUUCAUGAUCAAAGUAUCUUCGACAUAAAUGCUUCCACAAUCAACGACACAUUCGAAAACAUCUUCACCCAAGAUAACGGAUUUGCAUUUCUCACCGCAACCGGAGACAGCAUUUUUAUGGAAAUAAGUGCCUCAUAUUUCCAAAGACAUACAUUUUCAUCCGCGAGCGGGAUUUUGAAUAUUCCUGCCGGGAAAUACAUCAAACUGCGACUCCUCAACUCAACGUUUGAUAACAACAGUGCAGGUUUAGGAGGAGUCCUCAGUAUAAAUGGAGGCAGCAACCGAAAUGUUCAUUUGUACAUGAAGAACAACAGCAUUUCAAAGUGCAGUGGCCACAACCAAGGCCUGGUUAUUGUAGGAAGUAAGAUAACGGGAGUAACUGAUCUUGACGUCAUCAUUUUAGGGUUAAUGGUUACAAGUAACUCCAUGCAUUCACAUGGGAGCUGCGCGCUGUGUUUUUAUGCCAACAGAAACAUUCAUGUUCUUAUCAAGGGAACCACGCUUCAACACAAUGAAGCAGCCGAUUGGAUACUUGGGGUUUAUCACCUUGGUAUACAUAGAGGCAGUUUGGAAGCAAAUAUCACUGAAACGUCGUUCAGUGAUAAUCAUGCAACGAGGGGGAUCGCUUAUAUCAAGGCGUUUGAUUCGAGAAAAAUGAUUAGAUUUAUUCUCAGAAUUAAAUAUUUAAAGAUUUUGAGAAACUUCAUGCGCGGCUCACUUAAAACAAACGCCUUUGAGUUGGACAUCUCCCACUUGACUUGUAACGAAACAGCAUCCUACUGUCUUGUACUGAGUCGGAAUAUAACAGUACCACAAACUGUUUGGCGUGUUCACAAUUCAUACUUUGGAGGAAACGAACGAUGCAUUUUCGCAUCUUUCCUGCAUCAACCUCAAUCAUUUGAUAUUUCAGUGCGUAACACAACAUUUGACAAGAACAACAUUUCUGGGAUCUACAUGUAUUUUACUUAUAUAUCACCCAGAAAAAACAUCUCAACACGCGGUAAUAUUUUACUGGAGAAUCUUUGGUUUGUUAGCAACAAGAUUGAGGGAUACAACACUUUAUUAAGUGUUAGAUUCAAAUUCCCGUUUUUUAACGAAACCGUCGUAAAUGUUACAAUAAGAAAAGCGCUCUUCGAGAACAACGUUCGCUUAGAAAAGGGAGAAAGCGAUAGAUCAAGUUUGAUAUACUUCGAUACACCAGACGACACUAUCAAGGGGCCGGGAAUGGAAAUAAAAAACACCAAGGCACGUUUUGAUUGCCCAAAAGAGCACUUCGUUUACAAACUUUUCGUCAAUGUUGAAAAUGUCACAUUUAAGGAAAAUGUUGGCACAUCUGCAAUUUUUAGUGCAAAAAAUGGAUUAACAUCCUUCAAGAACUUCUUCUUCAAGGACAACAGCGUAAAAAUACCUGAAGAAGGGGCUAUGGUUUAUCUCCAGGAAGGCACUGGUGGUCUCAAGAUUUCCAAUUCUGAAUUUCUGCGAACAAAGAAACCCCCUUUUGCCCCAAGAGAUAGCAACGAUGCUGUCCCCUCCACGCCAUUCCUUCGUGUUCUUUCAAAUGGACCGUUUGAAGUAUUUAGUUCACAUUUCACUAUUGACCUCUUUGAGACAAGAAGCACAGGUUUAUAUAUAUCGAAGGCAGGAUUCGUUUAUAUUACUAACUCGACCAAAUUGACUUGCCCUGUAGGAUGCUUUGCAAGACGCACGAACAUUUUACAAGCAUUUUACUCUGAUAAACAAUGCCGGUUUAAUAUUACCAAAUUUAUCUACGAAUGCGAAUCAUGUCCCAAGACGAAAUACAGCAUUGAGAGAGGAACAUACUUUGGGACAAGUAAACACAAGUUCAUGCCAUGCAUACCCUGUCCCUUCGGGGCGAGCUGCGUAUAUAACAUCAAGAGUGAGAACGAUUUCUGGGGUUUUGUGGCGUGUAACAGGACUCAAGGUCUUAACUUCACUCAUUGCCCCGAGAAGUACUGCACAGCCCCAAUGUACGCCACUAAUGCGUCGGUUUAUAAUGGUUGCUAUGGCAACCGUACUGGUUUGCUAUGUGGGGCUUGCGCUGAGGGGUACACGGAAAGCCUGUUUGGUACGCAAUGUCGCCGACACGAGGAGUGCAAUGACGCGUGGUUCUGGGCUGUUGCCGGUUUGUACACGGCUAUGCUAGCUGCCUACAUACUCUACAAACCUCAUUUAGUUUCUUUAAUGAUUAAGAAACUUCUGUGGUUCAAAGAAGACCUACAGAUCCAAGGCGUGUCCCACGAGGGCGGGUAUACCAAGAUCGUGUUUUACUUCUAUCAGAUCGCAGAUAUCAUCAUGCUACAGCCAUACACUGAAGUCUUCGGUCAUACCAAACUAUUUUUUUUCAACAUCAUCUCCCUGUUUCUCUCACUCUUCAACUUCAAAAUCAAAACGGUUGAUAACGACUUCGGAUGCCCUUUCGUAGGUCUCACACCGGUGACCAAGGAACUGUUCUCCUCGCUUGGUGUCUUCUUGACAAUGUCCUUUCUCCUAGUGUUUUACGGGGCGGAGUACUUGUACUGUAGGAUGAAGAAGCGACCGAAGCCAUUCUUGGCGGCGUAUCUGGCUGCUGUAGUAGAGAUCCUCUUGCUUGGUUACGAGCGGCUCGGUGAGACGUCCUUGAAGCUUCUGAGCUGCGUCCCACUCGUCGUCCACGGGGAGGAGCAGCUAAGACUGUUCCUUGACGCUCAUAUCAGGUGCUGGAACUGGUGGCAGUACCUUCUAAUGGCGUACAACCUGACCUUCAUAAUCCCCUUGAUAUUCGUCCUGUUUUUUGGACCAUUGAAGCUAUACCGAAGGCAAAUCUCCUCCAAUAUGUUCAUCGCAGCAUGUUGUUUUCCUCUGCCUGUUGGUUUUUUUUGUCUAGUAUACUGCCUAUUUAUGUCUUUAAGGGGAACACAAAGGAAUAGCAAUGAGCUGAGCGAGAGUUACCGAGAACGCGAGACUAGGGCAGCCGUUCUAGAAGUCGUGUGUGAGGCGUUCCGUAGCCCGGCAGGCUCUUCCAAGGGCGCGGUGUACUGGGAGAGCGUCCUCACAGCUCGUCGCUUCGUGUUCCUGUGCCUUGCUGCGUUUAUCAAGUCACCUGCCAAUCGUCUUGUCAUCAUCACCAUCAUCUGCGUCAUCAACCUUAUGCAUACACAAAUAGUAGCGCCUUUUAAGGCGCGCAGAGCUAAUCACCUGGCGGUGGCAUUGCUGUUUGUGCAUGUCGUGCUGGCGGUGGCUAACCUCAGUAAGGCGGUACUGAUAUCUGCGGGUGUACGUGAACGUGGCCCUAUCAAGACCCUGAUGGAGCAUCUGUAGAUGACACAAGCGAUCUUGCUAAGCGCACUUCCCACACUCUUGCUUCUCCUGUCUGCACUCGCGGUCAUCUCGCAGAUAAUCCGGCUUGUACUGAUGAUCGCGAGGAUUCUCAUUAACACAUC